UUACCUAAAGAUUUUUAUAAUUCAAAAUUAUCUUUGUUUUGUUCUGGUGAAGAUUUGUCAUUCUUUUCUAAUGAAGACAAUAAAAAUGAUAAUAUGAGAAGUGAUAAAGAUUAUAAAUCUAAGGAAGAGAGUGAAGAAAAGGAUGUAAUAAAUUUUGAUGUAUCUGAUAUAGAUAAUAGUUUAGAAGCCAAUAUCCAAAAUAUUAAUAAUGAAGUGCUGCGAAUUAUAUUAUAA